CGCCUUGCCGCCGUUUUCGCCGCUGACGCCUUGCCGCCGGGCACUGGUCGCCUUCGCCGCCGGCGAUUUUUUUGCCAAUACACACAUUUCCAAUGUUUCUUAAGAGACUACAGAACUUUGUAAAUGAUCAAGAGUUGUUUUUACAAAGUGUAGCUGCAACCUUGACCAGUUCAAGCAAACAUCCCUCUCUAUGGUACUCAACAAGGUCUAAUUCUGAAGUUUUACUGCAGAAGCUAAAGAAGUCCGAGAGGAAGCCGCUGGUAACGAGUAUAAACGAACUCAAGCGUGAAGCGAGAUUGAGAAGGAAAGAGAGGCAGAGUGUACAGGAGAUCUCUUUACAACCCCCUGCAAAUGGUUUGCUGGUCAAGGGCUUGGUUCCAAUUGCUCAUGAAGUUUAUGCUGCCAGAUCUGAACUAUUAUCUUGUGUUUCAACAGUGAUUAAGAGGAGCAUUGUAUAUUAUUGUAGAGUCUGUGGAGAGGUUCAUAUUGGUCAUCCACCACAUAAGAUUAGAACUUGCAAUGUUGCAGAAAGUGCACCAAACAAAGAGCACGGUUGGGAAAUUGGGGGCUUGCAACAUGUCUUCCCUACUGUUGAAUCUUUUCAUUUAUACGACCGUCUUGGCAGAGCGGUUUCACAUAACGAGCAGCUUCAGGUGGAUCGAAUUCCAGCAGUAGUUGAAUUGUGUAUCCAAGCUGGUGUUGACAUCACUGAGUACCCUACAAGGCGUAGGUCUUUUCCCAUUUACAAGGUUGCUGGAAGGACUGUCGACUUUGAGAGGAGGUUCCCCAGGAAUUUAUCACUGGGACAAGACAUUAAUACAUAUGGGUUCUGGAAUGAUAGAAAAAGGUUGUCUGUGAACGCUAUAUCGUUAAAUUCUGAUGAUUUCAAAGUGACUGCCGCCAGAGGCAUGGAGUUAUGGGAUAAAAUGAUUAAGGGAACAGAGAAACUGAUGGAAACUUAUGGUGUGCAAACGUGUGGGUAUUGCUCUGAGGUUCAAGUUGGGCCCAAGGGUCAUAGGGUUAGGAAUUGCCAAGCUUACAAGCACCAGAUGAGAGAUGGGCAACAUGCGUGGCAAGAAGCAACAGUUGAUGAUUUGAUUCCCCCGGUGUAUGUUUGGCAUGUUCAAGAUGUGCAUACUACUCAGCCUCUACUGGAUAAUCUGAAGAGGUACUAUGGCAUCUUGCCUGCGGUGGUGGAGCUGUUUUCUCGAGCUGGAGCUAACGUUGCUGCAAGAUAUACCAGUUCGAUGAAGGAAGACGUUGUAGUACCCAGAUUAGAUGAAAUGAAGUUGGUUGUUUAAUUGCAAAUCUCGAGGUGUGAUCAACUGAUCGUUUUCCGUGGUGUGUGAUCACAGAUAUAGAGGGGCUAUCCUUGCUGUAUCAAAGCAGUGCUCUUCGAUAUGUGAGGGGAAAUGAUGGAUAGAUGGAAGAAAUAGACUCGAAAUUGGUAGCAGCAAUAGAGAAGCUUACAAUUUGUUUAAAGAAUGGUUCGAUCGUUGCAAAAGCAGGGUGGAUCGGAACCAUGCAAAUGGCAGUAUCGGUGCAGGAGGGUAUUAGAAGCGUGAGAAGGAGCAGAAGUUGAGAGAAUCCAAUGAGCAGAUAA